CGCUUUAACUGCAAAUGCAGCCGUCAGAAUAAACGUCCUAACCCUAGACUGCUUAAAUCACUGCAGACGUGCACGUAUAUUACACAGAGAGCGGGAUAGAGCACAGAGAGAGAGGGCAAUGGGCGACAGCUGCAGGAAUGGAGAGAGCGGAAUAUUGACAGGAGCGCCGAGUGAAGGGGACCGAUGAUGAUGAUGAUGAUGAUGAUGAUGAUGAUGAAGAGUCAAAAUUGAAGCUCUCAUAAAGACAAUCUGGAUCUCCUCGGUCACGACCAGCUCGCGGUUUAACCUCACCCUGUUCAGAGAUGAUGAAAGCCUUUUCCUCACUUCGGUCCCUCUUGUGGUGUCACUGGGCCAUGGUUCGCAAAAAAGGAUCUCUUAUCUUGUUUGGUGCAUUUCUGUUUGUUGCUUGGAAUGCCUUGAUCCUCCUCUUCUUAUGGGGAAGACCCCCAAUUGGCCGACUUGGUGAGGGAGGCGGAGCUGAACCAGGGGCUGGAGAGGAAUGGGGAGCUGGAAAAGCUAAAGUGGGCGGAGCUAAUGGAUUGGCUGGUGAAGUGAUCCGAUUGGCUGAAGAAGUAGAAUCAGAAUUAGAGACUCAGAAAAAGCUUCUGAAGCAGAUACAGAGUCACAGGGAACUAUGGGAACAGCGAAAGAAAUUGGGAAAUAGGGAAUCAGAGGACACAAAAGACGAAAAGAACAUUGAGGAACCUAAGAAACCUCAACAGUUUUCUGCAAUACCUCUAAGUCAUAAAAUUGUAGAAGAUACAAAAAGUAUUGGGAAAAAUACCCAGACUCUUACGGUUACACCAUCUGGUCUGGUUACCAAAGAAAAACUGGACCAAAUAGAGCAAAUGACAGAAAAUGAAGUGGGUCUUACUAAGCCAAGCCCUCAAAUCAUUAUCCCAAUUCUUGUCAUUGCCUGUGACAGAGUGACAGUGAAGAGGAGUUUGGAUAAAUUGAUACAGUACCGUCCUUCUGCUGAGCUUUACCCAAUCAUUGUCAGCCAGGACUGUGGUCAUGCAGAUACGGCAAGGGUGAUUGGUUCCUAUGGCAGUCAGAUAACCCACAUUAGCCAACCAGAUCUUGCGGAUAUUCCAGUGCGACCUGAUCAUAGGAAGUUCCAGGGUUACUACAAGAUUGCUAGACACUACCGUUGGGCCCUGAACCAAGUCUUCAAUGUCUUUGCUUACUCUACAGUGGUCAUUGUGGAGGAUGACUUGGAGGUGGCCCCAGACUUUUUUGAGUAUUUCCGCGCUGUCUACCCCAUCUUGCGUUCAGACCCUACUCUGUGGUGCAUCUCGGCCUGGAAUGAUAACGGACGAGAUGGGUUGGUCGACCCAGGCAAGGCUAAGCUCCUUUACCGGACAGAUUUCUUUCCCGGCCUUGGAUGGAUGCUUUUGAAGGAAGCCUGGGCAGAGUUGGAGCCUAAGUGGCCAAAAGCAUUCUGGGAUGACUGGAUGCGCCACCCGGAGCAACGAAAGGACCGUUCGUGCAUUCGUCCCGAGAUCUCAAGGACUAUGACGUUUGGUCGGAAAGGAGUCAGUUUGGGUCAAUUUUUUGACCAGUAUUUGCGCUACAUUAAACUCAAUGCUGAAUUUGUGCCUUUCACUAAAAUUGAUUUGUCCUACUUGGUCAGGGAGAAGUAUAAUGAAAACUUUGAGAAGGAAGUGUAUAGCGCCCCCUUGGUGAAGGUGGAGGAAUUACAACAUGGUGGAAGCUUGAAAGGCAACGGCCCUUUUAGAGUUCAGUAUUCCAGCAGAGACAGUUUUAAAGUGCUGGCUCGCAGCUUGGGAGUUAUGGAUGACUUGAAGUCAGGGGUUCCCCGUGCUGGUUACAGGGGUGUAGUCAGCUUUAUCUCCCGUGGGCGAAGAAUUUUUCUGGCACCCCCUGAGGGCUGGACUAAAUAUGACACCAGCUGGAGCUGAGAAGGAUUAGGUUUGGGUGAGGACUACAUAAGAAGAGAAAAAGAAAACUCACAACUCUUAUAACAAGUACAGGAGAGAAACGCCCUCUCAAACCAAAGAAAACAGUAGCAGGGUGUGAAAGAUUGAAAAGGUUAAUGCUAAAAAUAAGUGUGCAUAAAUUAACUACUGUUUUGAAAUGGAGGAACGCCCAGGCAUGCUGGGAACGGCACAAAAGUGGUGCAUCAUAUAUGUGCAGCAGUCCUGCAACAAUCUUCCCUCAGAGAAACAGUAUACAUAGUUACACUGCAAAUAGCUCCACUGCAGAAUAGGUUAUUCUUAUGUGGAGUACAAAUUAUCAGAAUCUUUUCUUAUUUGAACAUAUUUACCUUUCUUUUGUUCUCAAGGUAAUGAAUAGUUAUUUCCUACCACAUCUGCUCUGUCUUUAUUGGGUGAAUCUGACAAAAGGAAGACCAGGUCACAUUUCAAAAUCAAAAGAAAAAAUAAGGAAUAUUUUACAUAAAGAAAAUGAAGCCUAUUCUUAGAAUUUAUGUAUGAAUUUUUGCAAUGUGACAUGUCUGAAACAGAUUAUGCCCCGCUGUAUAGCAUCCAUAUAUUUUACAUUUAUAUUUUUUUGUCAUUGUGAUUAUUCUGAAUGCUAAUUCUCAGUAGAUUCACAAUAAUACAAUAUAAAUGCUAACAAAAUGCCGUAAUGCAUAGUUUUUCAGCGUAAUUUUACCAUAUGAUGUUACAGUAUUGAGUAAGGUUUUGUAUUAUGGUAAUUGGGGGGGGGGGGGAGGUCAUGAUGUUGUCAUAGAAAUAGAGUCAAAAAUGCAAACAAAUCUUAAUGGUCCUAAAAAUAGCUUCAUUUCUUUUAAAGGGUAUUCUUUACAGGCUUUAUGAGAUUCACCCUAUUAAAGGCCAGUCUGGGUGUUUUAAAGAAGCCCAUUGUCUAAAUGUUAUUAGUCCCUGAAUUAUUUUAAAUUAGAUAAUUUAAAUCAUUACAAAUGAAGACUAUGUGCAAAGUUCAAACUUGUUAAUUUUCCUUUUUAUGUAGCAUCAUUAAAUCCAUGAAGUUUAAGCUUGUGCCAGAGCAUUUUAAAGGCUUGUGGAUCUGACAUACCAAAAAAAAAAAAAAACUCUUGUGUGCCAUUCUGUUGAAGAACUUGAACCUGUUUUUUAUAGUUCUUCCUGACCUGGGAGAGCUCUCAUCGCAUUUUUAAGUUGUUUGUAGGUUUGUUGCAAAACCAGUGAUCAUAGAAAUUGCUUUAUAUGUUCUUAUGGAUGAACUCAUUGAAUGGAUUUCAGUAGACCAGAAAGGGAACAUUUAAAUUAAAUGUACUGUUUCUAAAUGCUUUGGAGAGAAAUGAUCUGAUAUUAAUGCAUAUGCAGUAUGAAGAAGUGUCAAACCACUGCCUGACAUGUUUAUAACUUUAAUACAUUGAGAAUAAAACAAACUAUUUUGAUA